CUGAACGAGGGUGACGGAGCCUUCUACGGUCCUAAAAUAGAUAUCACAAUUAAGGACGCCAUUGGUCGACAGCAUCAGUGCGCCACUAUCCAAUUGGAUUUCAAUUUGCCCAAGAACUUCGAUCUUACCUACCAAAGUAAGACCGAGGGUAUCGAGCGCCCAGUUAUGAUCCACAGGGCUGUUCUGGGUUCUGUAGAACGGUGCAUCGCUGUGCUAACAGAGUCCUUCGGUGGACGAUGGUAA